AGAGGAGAAGGAAGAGGAGGAGGCGAGGCGGGCGGGUCCCGCAGGAGGAGCAGCCGCUGCGACAGGCGCGCCGAGGGGCCGGCAGCGGCGGCGGCGGAGGGUGGGAGGCCCGGGUUGCCUCGCCCCUCGCCCGCUUCUCUCCGCCUCGCCGGCUCCAUCCUCGCCGAGCGCAGCGCCGCCUCGCCGCCGCUGCCCGGGGGCCGCCGUGGAGCUCCCGUCCGCCCGCAGCGCCGGAGCCAGAGCCGGCAGGGACGCGCGGCCCGCCCAGCAUGCGGCGGCUGCGGCGGCUGGUGCCGCGGCUGCUCUUCCGCCCGCCCUCCCGGGGCCCGCAGACUUUUCCUGAGAUUGCAUGAAGCAAGCAGAUAAUUUUUUUGCAGACCUGGAUGGAAAAAUCUAUCUCGGUUCUUUGGUGUCCAGAAAAGAGCCGUCUUCCUGGCAUCAAAGUGAAGUACCUCUUCUUUGCCUGGCUGGGCAUUUUUGUGGGCAGCUGGAUGGUCUACAUACAUUAUUCGUCCUACUCCGAGCUCUGCAGGGGACACGUCUGCCAGACAAUCAUUUGUGAUCAAUACAACAAAGGCAUCAUUUCGGGAUCAAUGUGCAAAGACCUUUGUGAGGACCACACCUUGGUCUUUGAACACUGCUUGUCACCUUCUCCCACCCAGCAGGUCUACAGCGGCCUCUGGAAGGAGAAAGAGGUGAUCAUCAAAUGUGGCCUGGAAGAAGCGCUGAAGGCCGACAGCAACCCAGAUGCAGACCCCAGGAGAGACGUGGUUCUCUUCAACAAGCCAACAAGGGGGACAUCCAUGGAUGAAUUCCGGGAGAUGCUUCUGAAUUUCUUGAAAGCUGGUCUUGGGGAUCAAGCCUCCCUCAUCAACUUGGUGAACCAGAUUAUCGCCAUGGCCGACGUCAGUCGGGACGGGAAGCUUUCUCUGGCCGAAGCGAAAUCCAUCUGGGCGCUUCUGCAGCUGAACGACUUCCUGCUGACCUUCUCCCUGCACGAGAAGGGGCACACCCCUCGGCUGCUGGGGCACUGUGGCGAUCUGUAUCUCACGGAGAAGAUCCACCACACCUCCCUCUACACCAUGGACCUUCCUCCCUUCCUGCAGCCGCUGCUGCCUUCUGCCCUCCUCAGGAUCAUCCACCAGUGGUUCUCCCCUGCCUGGCCCCGGCGCGCCAAAAUCGCCAUUGGACUUCUGGAAUUCGUGGAGGAGAUCUUCCACGGGACCUACGGCAACUUCUACAUCUGCGAGGCCGGCUUCACCCACAUGGGCUACAAUAACAGAUAUGACUUCAAAAUGGUGGAUCUCAGGACGGUGGCCACGGAGACGACCAUCCAGGGGUUCCUCAAGGGCCGUCACUGUGAGCAAAACGCAGACUGCACGUACGGGAAGGACUGUGUGGCGCCGUGCGAUAAGCUCAUGAAGCAGUGCAAGAGUGAUGUGGUGCAGCCCAACCUUGCCAAGGUUUGUGGGCUCCUGCUGGAGUACCUGCUGCACGGGGCCCCGAGCGACUUGAAGGAGGAACUGCAGAAGCAGCUGAAAACGUGCACCACGCUCAGCGGCCUGGCCAGCCAAAUGGAGGUGCACCACUCGCUGGUGCUCAACAGCCUCAAGACCCUCUUGUGGAAGAAAAUUUCAAACACCAAAUAUUCUUAGAGGACCCUGGGAAGCCCAAGGACAAGGCCAGUGAGGGUGGCUCCCCUCUUCCCAUCUUGGUCUCUGAGCGAGUGCGCCACAGGGGAGCCACGCAGUCUCCACAGACAGAACUUUUGGGGAUGGGGAGGGAUGAGAAAGAAAAGCAGUUUUUGUGGAACUGACGGGGAUCUCCAGGUGAGCCUAGCUGGGGUGAGGAGAGGACAAUUAUCUAUCUGAUGUAAAUAAAUGGUCUCUCUCUCUCAUGACUUCUGCUUCAAGGACAUGAUGGCUGAUCCCUCGCUGGGGGAGCGAAUUCAAAACAAAGGUUGGAUAUGUUUUGUGGGAUCCAUGCUGCCAACUCUCAGGCUGGCUUCCAACAGCUAUAGUUUUAUAAUACGUGGAUUUCAGUUCCUUUAGUUAACUGAAAUGCAAUGUAUUGUGUCAGCCCAACAAUCAGGUUAAGAGUACUGUGUGACGAAGUCAAAUGCAGGCAGUUCUCUGACCGAGCGUCAUUCCUUGCUGAGCUGAAAAAUUAGAUUCCUUAGCUUCAAGAGACGGGCUCACUUCCAGCUCAGCAGCACUCCGCACAUUCACCAGGCCCUAAAUAGAAUAAUUCGAUGUUGUGGUAUAUGACAAAGACCACGUGCUCAAAGGCACGGGAGGAAUUCUGCACUCAAGACCGAAAAAGGCCUCCAGGCUCACCGCGGACCCAUGGUUUUCAAUCUCAACUACCUCUUGUGCCUUCACGUCUAUUUAAAAAAGAUGACCGCGCUGGCUUUCUUUCCUGGAAGGAAGCAGAGCUGAGUCAGCCAUAGAGGUAAUCCUUGUUAAAUGAGUCGUUUUAUAACCUUUUGGCAACAUUCAACAAAUCACUCCAGUUGUUAAGUGCGAACGGGUAAGUGAAACUGGUUUCCCCCACUGCUUUUGCUUGUCACAAGCCAGCUGGGAAGGUCCCAAAUGGCAAUGGCCUGACGCUGGGACGUUGCAACCUUCGUUAACCAUCCCGUGCUGGUUGCCAAAUGCCUGAAUUUUCAUCAUGCCACUGGCUGCAGUCGUACGUCUGAGGACAGUGGGGUUACCAUCCAUGUAGAGCAGUGGUUCUUAACCUGGGCGAUAUUGCCUCCCAGGGGGCGAUUUCAUUUUUCAGGGGGGCGAUGGAAUGAAAAGGGGCAACGUGGGGGCGAAGGAAUGAAAAGGG